GUCUGCAUGGUUUAGGCCAGCGGUAACGCUAAUUUGUAAAUAUGGCCGUGUACUUAGAAAGAAACAAAUUUCUGCUGUGAAUUAAUAGCCAUUAGAAGUAUUGAUCUACCAUAAAGAGCGUGAAAUGGGUACCCAAAUCAAGGAUGUCAAGAUUUCCCAAGAUGCACCCAAGACUCUGUUCCUUGAUAAGCAUGCAGAGUUUAUUGCAAGCUAUGGGAAAAAGAAAGACACAGACUAUGAUUACUGUAUGACAGAGUAUCUACGCAUGAGUGGGGUCUACUGGGGGUUAACUGCGAUGGCUUUGAUGGACAAGUUAGAUAUGAUGAAUAGAGAGGAAGCUAUUGAUUUCGUCAAGUCUUGUCAGCAUGACGAUGGAGGGUUUGGCGCGAGUGUGUCACAUGACCCGCACUUACUGUAUACUUUGAGUGCUGUUCAGAUUCUUUUCCUGUAUGAUGCAAUAGAUGCGGUUGAUGUACCAAGUAUUGUACAAUAUGUCAAAAAGCUUCAGCAAGAAGAUGGGUCAUUUGCGGGUGACAAGUGGGGUGAAAUAGACACAAGGUUUUCAUUUUGUGCGAUAGCUUGCUUACAGCUACUGGACCGUCUGGAUGCUAUCAACGUUGAUAAGGCAGUGGAAUAUGUAGUGGAUUGUAUGAAUUUUGAUGGAGGGUUUGGCUGCAGACCUGGUUCAGAAUCACACGCAGGGCAGAUCUACUGCUGUCUAGGGGCCCUGUCAAUCACUCACUCCCUCCAUCACGUUAAUGUCGACAUGCUGGGCUGGUGGCUUUGCGAGAGGCAGCUUCCAUCAGGCGGCUUGAAUGGGAGGCCUGAAAAACUACCUGAUGUUUGUUAUUCUUGGUGGGUUCUGGCUUCACUGAAAAUUCUAGGAAAAGUUCACUGGAUCAACAAGGAGAAAUUAAAGAUGUAUAUAUUGGCAUGUCAAGACGAGGAAACUGGAGGGUUUGCAGAUCGACCAGGAGACAUGGUCGACCCAUUUCAUACCCUGUUCGGACUGACUGGUCUUUCUCUGCUCGGCUCUUCUGAAGUCAAGGCUGUUAAUCCUGUGUACUGCCUUCCACAGAGUGCAAUAUUAAAAUUAAAAAGUCAACCAGAUAUCUUAGACUAAAAAGAGGUGGAAGGGUAUUUAGGGAAAUACGAACCUCUUACAAAGUAUGUCAUUUAUAUAGCGACGCGCGCUAUUGUUUAAAUAAAGUUAGCCAGUUAGCAUGCGUGAGAACCAGAGCUUUCAGUGACGCGAGCAUUUUAUCUAGAAGGGCUCGCCUAGUCAGCCUUGGUCCUGUAAAAUGAGAUGAAAUCAAACACAUUACUUGACUGGCUUUUGUUUUUGCACUUCGGAAAUUUAGUUGCCCACUUGAUCGUUUUUUUUUUUAUUCUUUUCUUGGAUCCGACGGUGUUCUCCUUUGUCAAGUACCCUUCUACGAACUUGCCUGAAAGAUUGAAGUCAUUUAGACGCAUUUUUGUCGUAGCCUUUGAAAGUGAAAGAGUCAAUUACUUGCACGAUUUCUUUGGAAAUGGUUUUUGUUGGACACUAUGAUACAACUACACAUGUACAUAAGCUAAUCUGUACUGUAUCAUUUUGUCAUUGUCGAUUAAUAUUUGGCCAGAAUUUGUCUUUUUGUGGAUAACUACAAAAUUGCGGACCAAGAUACACACUGGCAAAUUUUGCAACUUUUUAACUAAUUAAGAACUCCAUGUGCAAAGUGCCUACAUUUUUACCGACAGACGACCAACAGAUCAGUGUGACGUUUUGUAAGGAAAGUGUUGGCAUUUGUUGCGAAUAUUACGAAUAUUUGGCCGAGAUAUUGAGAACAAACUACUAGUUCGCGGUGCUGUGAAAAGGCAGUAUUUAGGGAGCGGCCAUUAAUUACUGGAGAUGGUCCGGCAAUUUUGCAAAACCCUGGGCUAAAAAAUGUUGCCCCCCACCCCCCACCCCCCAAAUCCAAGCCCAAAAAUCGUGACCCUUCCUUGACCGGACGCCCAAAAAUUUGCAACCCCCCACCACCACCACCUUUAUAUAUUCAAUAAUUAUAUCUCUUUUAAACCACAGAGACUUGAUAUACAUACUGAGUUUUACUGAAUUUAACCUUCACUAAAAUAUAGAUCAGCUAGCAUGGCAAUUUUGUCCUACUAAAUUUAAAAGUAUGAAUCUUCACUUUCGCUAGUUUAAGAGUGGCACAGACAAGAUUGGUACCUGAACAAUAUGGAACUAGAUAUACAAAAGUAGGAAACAUUGUUAACUGAAUAGAAUUUUCAAUUUAACAAUGACUCUCUUGUUGAGUAUUAUAUUAGAACCAGACUUUAAUUCGACGCCCAAAAAAUGUGACCCCCCUUUUAAUGACAGCCAAAAAGAAAUUCGCCCCCCCCCCCAAAAAAAAAUCCGCGCCCAAAAAACGAACCCACCCAGUAAUAAAUGACCGCUCCCUUAGAGAUUUUACCCAUCUCCUUUGGGCAUGCUGGAAUGCCAGGAAUGAGGGUUGGGAGAGUUAAAAAAUCAAUCAAUUGUUAGGUGAAAUCAAUUUUAAUUAGUCAUCUUUUAGCGUAUAGAUAUUCAAUUAAGAAAAAGAAAUUGCCGGACUAGGGUACUAGCCGGACCAACGAA